AUGCAGCACAUGUCAGGGAACGAUCAGCCCCUGCUGGCCGGACUAAAAAUGCCACCACCAGCUAAAUUUGUUCUAAAGACUGAAUUCAUCCCAGCCAAAUACAGAGCGUUUCUGCUGCCUCUUGCUUCAAUCUUCUGGAUGCUGGGGUCUAUGCUUAUUAUUAUUCUCGGUAUGACAGUGGUACCCACGAUGGGCUGGCGCUGGAUGAUCCGUUUUUCUAUCAUCCCCAGCAUCAUACUGAUUGGACUUUUCUUGUUUAUUCCCGAGUCUGCACGGUUUCAGGUCUCAGCAGGGAACAUACAAGGAGCCAUGUCUACGCUUAAUUGGAUCGCUCAGAUGAAUGGCGCCAGCUUACCUGAAGGAGAACUACGAGAACCUGAAGUGACAGAAAGAGGAAAUGCCACAACUCUGAUCAGCCCGGCUUUUAGAAGAACAUCACUUUUGCUGUGGUACUCAUGGUUUGUGGCCUCCUUUUCCUAUUAUGGCUCCGUUCUGAGCGGCUCUGAGCUGCUGGAGAAAAAUCUUCUGUGUAUGACAGAUGCCGAUCCAGAGCACCAGAUCAAACACAACCAGGAGGAGGCGCUGUGUUACUGUAUCCCAUUCAACAUGGCUGAUUACCAGACUCUCCUCAUCAGCUGUCUGGGCGAGGUGGCACUCAUACCGCUCAAUAUUGGCUUGUUAAAUAUAUUCGGGCGGAAGCCCAGCAUGGCCAUACUUCAGGUGUUGUCAGCCUUUUUCUUCUUGCUUGUUAAUAUUUGCACAACAAUGUUAGGUUUCACAGUACUGCUCUUCCUUCUCCGCUCUGUGGUUUCCAUGAAUUUUAAUGUGGUCUAUAUUUACACAGCAGAGGUUUAUCCCACAGCCGUGCGCUCAAUCGGAAUGGGCUUUUGCACAUCCUUCAGUCGGGUUGGCGGGAUGAUCGCACCUUUUAUUGCACAGGUGUUAAUGUCAAAGUCUGUGAUUCUGGCACUGUCACCGUUCGCCACAGCGUGUUUGAUUUGUGCGGUGGGAGUGGCAUUUUUGCCCAUUGAGACUAGAGGACGUGCAUUACUACAAGAUGCCUGAAAUACGCCUGAUGGAAAUGAAGGACUAUUGCACUUUUGUAACAAAACAUGAUGUCAUAUUAAAGCUAGAACAAUUUUUUAAGAGUUUUAAUGUUGCAUGUGUUGUGUUCUUCAUAAAUAAUUAUGCAAAAGCUGUU